AGAUACGAAGCGGAAGUACUAUCGCGCAGCAGUCAUCUUGUGUGAGGGCACGGUGCCUUUGCUAUCUAGUCUCUCCUUUGAGAAGCGGAAUGCUGGCGUUAUCCCUGAAUUUGGAUAAGUUAGCAGGCUCCACUUUCCUGCUAACCAGGGUGCGUCUUCCACUCGCGUCCUCCCACCACGGCGGCACACGUGAAGCCCACUGUGUGCAGAGUAAUUGUCUAUUUGCAACGAGAGAUGUCUGGCGACACUUGUCUGACGGCUAUGUGCCCCGCUUCAGGGGCCAAACCAAAAACGUACAGCUUUAAAGGGGGCUGCCUUGGGAACAAAUAUGUGCGACUGAAUGUGGGAGGAUCUUUGUACUACACCACGGUGCAGGUCCUGACCAGACAUGACACUAUGCUUAAGGCAAUGUUCAGUGGUCGGAUGGAGGUUCUGACAGACAAAGAAGGUUGGAUUCUUAUUGACCGUUGCGGAAAGCAUUUUGGGAGCAUUUUAAACUAUCUUCGAGACGACACCAUUGCACUUCCAAAGAACAGACAUGAGAUUAAGGAGUUAAUGGCAGAAGCCAAAUAUUACCUCAUUCAGGGCUUAGUAGACAAGUGCCAGGCAGCAUUACAGGAUAAGACUGAGUCAUACGAAGCUGUAUGUAAUAUCCCUAUCAUCACGUCUCAGAAAGAAGAAGAGAAGCUGAUUGAAUCAUCUGCCAAGCCUGUGGUCAAGCUCUUGUAUAACAGAAGCAACAACAAAUAUUCAUACACCAGCAACUCUGAUGACAACCUUCUGAAAAACAUAGAGUUGUUUGAUAAGCUUUCUCUCCGCUUCAAUGGCCGGGUCUUAUUUAUGAAGGAUGUGAUUGGAGAUGAGAUCUGCUGCUGGUCUUUCUACGGUCAGGGACGGAAGCUGGCAGAGGUCUGCUGCACCUCCAUUGUUUAUGCCACUGAGAAGAAGCAAACAAAGGUUGAAUUUCCCGAAGCAAGGAUUUAUGAAGAAACCCUGAACGUUCUGCUCUAUGAGACCCCCAGAGUCCCAGACAACUCUCUACUUGAAGCCACCAGCCGCACACGCAGCCAAGCAUCACACAGUGAAGAUGAUGAGGGUUUUGAACUUCGAGAUCGUGUUCGUCGUAUUCAUGUGAAAAGAUACAGCACGUAUGAUGACAGACAGCUUGGGCACCAGUCUGCAUACAGGGACUGAUUCUCUCUGCAGCAUAGGUGUUUUCUAAGAACGCGGUCAAGUGCACUUUGCCAAGUGACUUUUGGAGACCAAAGUUUUGGGAGAAAUGUACUCGCCAGUUCAUGAUAUUGAAGUCAUCCUCUAUAAAGGUUUUAGAGUCAAUUCCAUUAUUAGCACAAUAAUUAAUCUAGAAGACACAUGCGUCUUAAUAGGGAGCUUGAUUCUGUCUAAUAUCCACUACAUGUUCUUUCUGCAUCCCGCGACAUUGAAUUGAGUGACCCUUAUGCAUUAAGUGACCCUGACACUGAUCUCUGUAUUGAAGGUUUUUAAAUAUCUGCUUCCUGAAAGAAACCCCUGCAGAGCACUUAUCUAUUGUAAAUCUUUAUGCCACUGAAAAAUUCCCUUCACCUUUAGAACUUAAAGUAGACUUCUAGCAUACUCUCUAGUGAGGGGGAUUACAUGAUAAUCUGUUUCUUAUCAUUAACUUAUUCCAAUGAUAAAAAAAAAAAUUUUUUAUUGCAGUAAUAGAAAUUGGCGCUGAUGUAGCUUGUGCCUAAACCUUGUCCAAUAUGAGCCACCAAGCUGCAGUGUAAAGCAUGGUAAAGGUGAAUUUCACACUAUCUAGAAUCUAUUUUGAAAAUGCAGUUAAUCUGACGAUAUUGAUCAUAGCAGUGCCCUAAAUGAAUAUCAGUAGCUGGUAUACCCUGCCAAUAGCUAGUGACUUAAAAGUAAUAAUUGAGACCGUACCUGCAACUCGGCUUUAAAGGGAACCUGCCAGCUGUUUCAUGCUGACCAACCAUGGGCAACAUGAAACCGGAAUGGUCUCCAUCUCUACAGUGCACUAUAAAUCAAAGUCGGGAACUUUGUAUAAAGUCAAGGGGGCCAGCUCCUUACUGUUUCUCCCUGUCUUGCUGAACUUGACUGACAGGUCUUUAUUCAUGUAUGUAUAGGGAGACAACUACCAGUCAAAUCCAGGAGGAUAAGAACUGAAGACAUCAUAUUAAUGUUUAGGUGUCAUGGGUUAGAUAGUGCCUUUAUACUAUAGAGAAGUGGAGGUCAGCUCACCCGGCGUAGACCAGCUGCGGCACGGACAGGUGCAGACUUUCACCUUUAAUUGAGGUGUGAGGAAAAAGCAAAACCAGCGCAGACUAAUGCAGAAGGUGCGGUUUAUUCAGUAUUGCACACAGGACGAACAUGGCAGUGACGCGUUUCGGCCGGCGACACCCAGCCUUACUCAUACAAAGGUAAGACAAACCACGCUCAGCGUAUGUAUGAGUAAGGCCGGGUGCCGCCGGCAGAAACGCGUCACUGCCAUGUUCAUCCUGUGUUCUGUGUGCAAUACUGAAUAAACCGCACCUUCUGCAUUAGUCUGCGCUGGUUUUGCUUUUUCCUCACACCUGCCUUUAUACUAUGCAUUGUCGGUGAUAUUGCCUAUAUUGAGUACACAAUAUGGGGGAGAUUUAUCAAAAAAUGUCUAGAGGAAGAGCAUUGCAGUUGACCAUAGCAACAAAUCAGAUUGCUUCUUUUAUUUUUCACAGGCCUCUUUAAAAAUGAAAGAAGCAAUCUGAUUGGUUGCUAUGGGCAGCUCAGCAACUUUUCCUCUGCACAGGUUUUGAUAAAUCUCCCCCUAUAUUCCUACACUGCAUGCAUAUGUCAUGAUCAGCUUAUUUGCUGCUGAAAUGAAGGAUUUAUGGCUGAAAUCAGACUAACUGCAUAGUUAAUACAUAUGUGGUGAGAGAAGUAGUUUAUUUAGACCACUAUGUGUUUUAUGUGUUCGUAUGAAAUUGCGACCGAUCACAUAGUUUGAUCAGACACUUCUUCUCUGCCAUGCUGUACAGUUGGCUUCUUUGUGCUUUUUUUACAUUUAUAUUCUAGUAUAGAAUUUAAACUGGUAAUGUACAGUAAGUGCAAUUUUAGGCUCUUUUGUUAUGAGUAAAUAGUUGGGUUCUUUUUAUUUUUAAUUUUUUUUAUUUAAAUAUAUUUAUUCUGACUUUGAAGGAAACACUAGUAAAGUAUGGUGUUUCAUGAACUCUUCAUAUUGGUGGCACAGUUGAUCAGAUGGUGAAGGCAGUUAUGGAUUGAAAACCAUUGGCCGCAUUUAUCAAAAAAUUUAAUAGUAAGACUGUCAUUUUUGCUUGUCGUAGGCAAUUAGAGCUCUGCUUAAAUUUUUUAAGCUACUAUGGAAAAAUUAAUGCUGUGUGCUAAUUCUUUUCUGUGGCCAACAGUCUUAAUGUAAAGUCAUUACAUUACAUAUACAUUAGAUCAAUGAUGUCCAAACCUGCCGAUUCCAGAGUAAGAGGAUUACAACAUACCUGAUUCUUUUAUUCUCAGUUGAGUUCCCAGUGGUGUUGGCCAGCUGCCCACACCCCUUUUCUGAUCCAGACCACACUCAGCUGAGCGUGCAUGGGUAUGUGGUGAUUGGGAAAGAAAGCUGUCAGUUGAAUAAGUAUUUAGCCAAUCUGAAAUGUAUGCCAGUUUUGAUAAAUGAGGCCUAUUGUAGUACGAUUCAACAGAUCAGAUAUUUAUAUGCUUACAUUUACUAAAUUCCAUCACACGCCUUAUAUUGUGCAUGUUAAUAAUUUAUAAAGAACAAAGCUAGAGGAUCAGUCAAGCUUUCAUUUAGUAUGUUCUAUAAAGAUGAAUUGUGGUAAACAAUUCUAAAGUGUAAAAAAUUCUCCUUUUUCCUGAAAUUUGUAUGGUGUAAUGGGAGAAUUUAUAGUUAACUAUAAAAACUAUUAGUUGCAUUGUGCUGACAAGGAUUUCCUGUUUUUAGCUAAUAUAUUUUUGUACUACUUAGUCUUAAAAACAAGUCUUGCACAUUAUGUCUUAACCCUUGUUUGUUUAUUAAGGUUUUCUUUAUAGUUGGCAAAUCUGUUUUUACAUUAAAGCAGAUAUGACAGCUUUCUAUGGUUUUGUUUUUGUGUUUUUUUAGCCAUAAGAGGUGGAUCUUGUAGAUGGAGAAGGCCCUCACCUUCAUCUGUUAUAAACUUAAAAUAAAAAAGUUAAAAAAAAACUACCGUAUUCAAAGAAUAUACAUCUUCCUGUAAAACAGGUUUUCAUUUUUACCAUAGUUUUAAUGUGCCGUCUCUUAAAGUGUACCUGUCAUCAACAAAAACGUUUUAUAUGUGUAUUUUAUAUGUGUAUUUUGUAAUAUACCUUGGUUAAAAAAAUAUGUAUAUUUUUGUCCCUACAGCUAUUGCCUGUGCGUCUCUAUGAGGAGUCCAAAUACAGGAAGUGAGGGUGGACAAGCAGGGCUCUGCACUCUGAGGACAAGCAGGGCUCUGUGCAGUGAGGCUCUGUGACAUGCUACGGGCUCACACAUGAGGAUGAUUGACAAGCCAGGAGCCUGCACAGAGCCCUGCUUGUCCUGUCCUCACUUCCUGUAUUUGGACUCUUCACAGGCAAUAGCUGCAGGGACAGCAUUUUUUCACCCAUAAAUAUACAUAUUUUUUAACCAAUGUAUAUUACAAAUAUACAUAUAAUUGUAUUAUCUACAUUAUAUAAAAAGUUUUUGUUGACGACGGGUACACUUUAAGCAACUAUAUGAUUAGCUCUGUGUCCAUAUGGGAGGGAAGCAGCUCUUUCUACCAGCAGAAAAUCUCAGCACAAUCUCAAGCACUGUUCAGCAGCACAGUUAUAUUCUGCAAGCCUGAAAUCUACUUUAAAGGGGUACUCCGCCCCUAGACAUCUUAUCCCC